AUGGAUCGGAGUACGACUGUCCUUGUACAAAACUUAGAAGAACAACAUUCUGCAGAAACGCAAGACAUUCCCUUGUCGACUUUAAAACAGCUGUCUAAGAAAGACAAACGUGCGCGCUCCUCGACAAGCAUCUUAAGGAGAAGCAUUUCUGAUUCAGUGGAGAGAAAUGUUUGUCACCGCGUUGGAUUACAUCAGGUGAUUAAUUAUACUACUUUACAAAAAAUGUAUUUAUUGACAAAAUAUGUUCCAUAAGGAGAGAAUAAAAUUUCACAGUAUAUGAGAGAUUUGUGGCUCAGUGACUAUCAGGCAAACUGGGUCAACAAACAUAAAAACAUAUCUUCGCUCUCAAUGAUGCCCUCUAAAUGAUGAGUAGAAAUGUUAACUUGUACAGUCAACAUAAAUGUUCGAGAAAAUAAUGCUAAGUAAGUCCCGUUUGAAUGUUGGUGACAAUUUUCUUUUUGCAGCAUUAUAAGAAGGUACUGUGGAACACUUUCAUUCCAAUGAUCACGCUAGGUUUCGUUUCUAAGAAGAAAAUUACAGCCGUGCAAUAUCAGUAUCAUUUGAAUAACUCCCUGCUCCGUCAUUCUUGUGAGAGGUGUAUUGGUAACAGAGAGAUUUCAUUGCCAAUCUAUUGUUAUUCGUGUCACUCGAUCUUGUACAGUAAGAUAACAAUAGCUACCGAAAGUGCUGUUCAGCUUAAAGCUUGCAGUCACAUGAUUUAGCCACAGGCGUAUAAAAUUUCAUACAUAGUAAUAUGUCAUCUCCAUGCUCUCCCCUCAGUCAAGAUUUCAAUCACAGACUCGAUAAUUCUCAAAUCAAUUCAGGAAAAAGUGCUCUAUUUUUGCAGGAAUUCUAUUCUUUUUUUUUUGGCAUGGAAAAUACAAUUCAAGCCCUCUGAAUAAGAGAGUGUGUUACGAAGUGUUUGACAAAGAAAUAGCUAUUGAAUAUACCUGUCUAUAUAUGUAUAUUUUAUUGAAAAUAUCGUCGAGUUUCUCUGAUAAAUAUUGAUUGAAGAGACUUUGAUGUCCAUUUCUGUUGCCAAGAUGAUAUGAACUCUGGUCUGAUGACUCGCCUUGAUCCGUUAAAAUGUUUAUUGAACUAAGUUGUAGAGGAACUCUGAUGACUAGCCUUGAUCGACUCUAGGGCGAUAAAAAUGCUAUAAAUGUCAUUUUAUUGCAUUUUACGUUCAAAUAGGUGAAUGCAAUGAACAUCUUAGCUCUGUGUUUUUUGGUAGCUCAUUCCCACGCAAAAAAAUAUCCAUCAAAUCGCCCAUAUUUAAAGGGCGCAAGAACUCGCUGAGAAAAUACUGGAGGCCAGCAACGCAAUUCUGCCGUGUCAUUUUGCAUUUUUUCGCUGACAAUCAUUACUCUACUUUAUCAUUUAAUAUUGUGGAUAGAAAUAAAAACAAUGGAAGGCCGUUAGUCUAAUACUGAAAAACAUAUUUAGUGAAUAAUUUUAUGUGAUAUUUGUAUUCAUUUAGCACAAAAAGUGGGGAGGGCAAGCAACCCUGGUCCCUCCCCUGAGGACACCCUUAUUGAUAUUUAUAAUUUAAAUGGCUUUGGAACAGAAGGGUGCUGAGCUCUAAGCUCAAUUUAACGUCAACAUGUUACUGUGUAGAUGAGUUCUUUCUUUAUACAAGAAGAUCACGAAAUGUGUCAACAUGUAGCCAGCACUUCAGUUAGCCGACUCACUUUCCUAAUUUGAUUUUUUUGUCUUUUGCUUUGAUGUAGGGCUAACUGGAAUCGAAUAAUUUCUCAAAAUAACAAAUUGUUUCUUAUCUGUUUUUUUCAAGGCGUGUCGUGAGGGCCUAAUUGGCCUAGUUAGAGCUCUCAUAAAAGGAGACGCCUCCGCUAUUUACAAAAUCGACGAGGAGGGGCUUGCUCCAAUCCACCACGCCACUCGAUAUGACCACGUGGAGAUUGUAGAGUUGCUCAUAGCUGGGGGUGCAGGUGAAGAGGAUGUAGUGUAGAAGAAAUAUGAUAAUUUUUCUUAGAAAGUUACUUAGUCUAAAUCAAUCAAAAUAGUUAUGCAUGAAAAUUUGAGAAGAAGCAUUCCUCCGCCCAGUGUAUAAUCCCAUAGUGGCUUUCGCAACCAAGAGCCAUAAUGACUCUUGUCGCAACUUCUAUCAAGACGAAUACCUUCUGACUGGCUGCGAUUUCAUAGCAUUAAAAAAAUUAACACCUUUAGCUUUGGUCCUAAUGCUUUCAUUGAUUGUCUUUUGAGUACAUACUAUCUGUGGCUGGCUUCUUCCUUUACCUAAUAUCUACAACUGGUAUAUUAUUAUUAUUAAAAAAAAAAGUGCUUUAAAAACGAACUAAAACGAUCAAAAAGUUUUGAUCACGUGACUGAUGACGUCAUGGUCGUGAAAGAAUUAUCAGGUAGAACAUUACUCUCCCGCGAAUUUUCUUUGCCGUGUGAUAAAAGGGUGUCUCUUUACAGCCCUCGGCCUAGUCUCCCCACUUUUCCGCUCAUGUUCAUUACCCCCUUAAAUUUUAAAUGUCGGACGUCAACUGGUUAUUUUCAAAUGCCCCACAAAACUAAAACCUCAAAUAUGCUAUUUGUUUUUAACUCGUUAGUGAAACCUUGUCACAGCAACAAAAAAACCUAAUUCGGAAAAAGUCACCUGACUGAUGACCUCAUAACCUUAGGUGUGACAUGGGAAGAUAUUUUAUGGCAAAUGCUAUCUUGUUGUGGUCUGACAAUCUUCUAAGCAUAAAGUUGUCAAAGUUUUAAAGCUAGUUAAAAAAUUACCUCAAAGGAUUCUGGGAGAUUUUUUAUGAUAACUAUAAUUUACUUUUACAAUUAUUACCAGUAUAUACACACAGUGAUCUUGGUGAUUCAAGCAAUCUGAUUGGUUCGCUAUCUCGGACUUUGACGUUAUAUUCACCGCCAUAGGCGGUGAAUAUGAAGCAGAACAAAAUCGCUGUGGUGAACUGAGCGUUUUGCCAAAAGUUUCAUAGUAAGAACUUUUUGAAUAUCCAAGUGUUGAUGAUUUUGAAGGCAAGAAAAUCCCUCAUGAUGUUUAAACAGCGUGAUUUAUUGUGAAGUGGUUUACUGUAGCUGGCUUUUUGUACGUUGGAAGCUAUGUUUACCACUACAGAGGAAAACGAGGCCGCUCUGUCACUGUUUUGUGAUUUCGGGAUUUUCUCGCAAGACCAAUUUUGCCUAUAUAUAGAAGUCAAUUUAUGGAGGAAAAAGGAAGGCAAAUGAUAAACAAAGCUCACCUCGAUCGUAGCCGCUGUUGAGAGCAUUGGAAGAAGCGACAAAAAAAACUUUCCCAUUGACGGUGAGUUGACAGAAAAAAAUAAAGCUCUACUUUUCUUCUCAGAAUUGGUUAGUAAUUAAAAAUUUCGGCGUUUUCUUUUGAACCAUUGAUGCUUAAAGCUUACAAAAAUCGAUACAAAAAGAUUAAAAUUAUCAUUUGCCAUGUUUGAAGAUACUAUAAAGAUCUAGCUCUUGCGCAUCCACUGUUUACGGCUUCUUGUUCACGCAUGAAUUCGCCCGUCAAUAAAAUUGAUCGUUUUUUAAAUGGUUUCCUUUCUGAUUCUGUUGAGAUCACUUCGUGUGAAUAUACUAAAACAAUUAUUCACCUCAGGCUCAGUUAAUAUUGUUGAAUCCCCUCGCUUUCGUCUCAGGGAUUAUUUAACAAUAUUAACUGAGCGUUCGGAGAAGAAUAGUAAAUUAUUGCCUUAAUCCUGAAUCACUCCUUUAUGUUGUCGCUGGUUGUCAACAGUACCUUGAUCAUUUCACCUGAAGACACGACUCAAUUCUUAACUUUAUUGCGAAGUCACUUAAACCUGUAAUUAAUGUUCACUCUUCACUCUAUGCCGAUGUUGAUGGUUUUCUGAAUCCCUCAAUAAUAACUGGUGAAAAUUAUCGUCCAGAUCUUCUUUUCCUAAUCCAGUCCAGGUGCCAAUAUGUUCUAGAAUUAACAGUUGGUUUCGAGUCUAACCUUAAUAACAAUGCAGUGCGUAAAAAAGGAAAAAUAUCUGGACUUGAUCAAAGAAAUGUGUAGAAAUUAUAGAUGUGAAAUUUGUAAAUCUCUCUAUGAUCUCCUUUGGGGUUUUCUCCGAAGAAUGUUCCACGCCCGUAGACGUGAUGAAUGACAUUGGCAUUGACAAAAAGGAGCAAUUUUUUAUAAUCAAGAAAAUGAUAGAUAUAGCCAUUAGAGCAACAUAUUAGCGGAGCUCCGGGGCGCGAAGCGCGCCUGCGGAGCACCAUGGGUGAGUAAAUCUACCCAUCCCAGAAAAUUUGGUAAUCACGUGACCGUCCGUCCGCACCACAGGCAUACCAAUGUUUACUCUCACACUUUCUAGCUACUUUAGGAACCCAGGAGAAAGUUAUCCGCUGACAAUUUACUCGUUUUCAAAUGAUCGCAGGCUCAUGUCUACUUUUUUUAAAAAAUUCAUAUCAAAUAUGUUGUGUUUUUGUCAGUAUCACCACGCACUAUUACGAUUGUGAUUUCAAACUGACCUCAGAUGCAAAAAUUCAGUCAGUUUUUUUAAAAUACAGGUGGGGAAGACCUUUUAUAACCAUGGUCACGCUCCACGUCCAAUUUUUAUGCUCUGAUUGGUUAAAAUUUGACAGGUGAGUUCAUACGUAAAAUUUAUGCAGCAUCUUGAAAGUUGUUUCUCUGACUGCUGAAGCUGACAGAGUUUUGAGUUAACUUGUCGAAGAUGAAGAAAAUGAAUAAUAAAUGCACUGUUUGUUCUUGAAGAGUGUCAUGUAUGCCAUUGGGGCCAAGUAGGACCUACAGUAGUUGCGUGAAUACUUGUCCGUAAACACUUAAUUUUAUGGGCCAAACUUCAGAAUUCUCAGCCACUUACUCGCUUUUUGUUGAAUGACAAACUUGCCCACUGUGUGAAGCCCUGUUCUUCUAGCGUUCAGUUAAACUUAAGUUUAGUGGCUGGGAAUUCUGAUGUUGCUCCAAUUUUCAUGUACACAAGUAAUAAAAAUUAAAUCGAAUUCAGCCUGAAUUUAAUUACAGUUUUAAUGUAUCGUUUCUUUCUUUUCACUCGGCUCACAGAGCACUGCAAAACUUAAUAGCAGGUUACCUGCUGGAAACUUUCCUAGCAGGUCUGGUUGACUCUUCCAGACUUUUGUCUGGCUACAGUUUCUGCAGAAACUUUCUUCGGUAAACAAGGUACCUGUCUGUGAUACAGAAAGUUUGGGAUGUUUUUAACUGUCUUUUUCCACUGGAUGUAAAAAAUGAAAUACAGAGUGUUCUCUUAUUCAUGGCUGGUUUGUUCAUUGGGUUUUUGGUUGAGAAAUGCGUCGCUUGUCAAAGCCGAUAAUCCGCUUUCGGAUGGCAUCGGUUUUGUUUUUCACCUUGCUGGAUGCGUACGAGAAUUAUAAAGGCUCAAGCGAUCCUUGCCUUACUUGAUAGCUUUCAGGAGCUGCAUCUCGAAAUAUGGCAAGCCUGAGUAAUUAUUGUAUUUAUAUCAAAUUUCAUGAAGUCCAGCGGCGCAGUUUAUGAAGCUAGUUUAUGCACGUUUGUAUUAAGAUUUAACUGAGACACUGAUCUGACCUAGUAUGAGGUUUGAUAUAAGUGCUUAGAGAACUUUAAAAAGCCUUUAGUCGAUAUUAAUUCACCGUAAAUAGAAAGAAAAAAACUUUCCGAAGAAUAUUUAGUUAUAAUUUUGGCUGUAGAAAGAAAGCUUUGAGCGAUUUUCUUGUAUUGAGUUCAUCUUUGAAAACAGCAAACAACGGGAAACCGGCAUCUUAAAACAUAAACUUAAUCUUCACGCUUACUAGUAAAGACUUGAGGAUUCUUAGAGACACUUAAAUACUCAUUUGUUUUCGUGAAUGAAAAUUGUUGUCUCUGUAAAUGUUCUACCGAAUUAUGUUUCUUUAUUUAUUGUUGGUAGUCUCAAAAGUGUAAUUUUCAUCGCUUUGCCAUUUGUUUUUAGGCGUUCAUAAACAUCGCUUGCAGGAGUACUCAAAAUGCCGAGUCAAACGCUUUUUAAGAUUACACAUCGUUAUAAAACCAUUGAUAAAAAAUAGACCCAAUAAAUUAUUUAUAACGUUGAAGCUUAACUCUUUUUAAAUUUCUUCGCAAAUUUGGCGCUUGUCAAAAGUUAGAACCGGCUGGCCGUAUAGUACCCUGCGAACAGAGUCUCCUUCGAUCUUCCUAGAUAAGUCGGGAAGAGGAAGGCAGAGCCGCAGAGUCCGGUGAUCUGAUAAAUGCAAAUUUUGCAUUUAAGUAUCUCUACAGACACAAACAAAAAUUCGCAAAUAAACGACUCUAUAUAUAUACAGAGUGAAACUUCGCAAUUAAUUAAUUGCGAGAUUUUUACUCACUCACAUAUACGAAGCAAAAUUUUGCAAUUAGUUAAUCGCGAGGUUUUACUCUAAAUACAUAUUAAUUACGCUGAUACAAAUCUCGCACUUAACUAUUUUCUUAACUGCGAAAUUUCUGUCUGUUUACAGUAAAAGACUCAAAUCACGCAAUUAACUAUUUUUCCUUGACUGCGAAAUUUCUGGCUGUUUAUAGUAAUAGUUUCCUCUUUCCCGACUUAUCUAGGAAAGAUCGAAGCGACUCUGCUAGCAGGGUAGCCGUAUAGGUGAUUUUGGACAUUUUUGGAACGGUUUCGCUAAUUAAGAGCGUGUCUCCGUAAAAACCGACCAGUGAGUUUGGAUCAAAAAAUUAAUUUUCCUUAUAUUCUGGGAUAUUAAAGCCUGCACCUUAGUAGUUGCAAAAAUGCAUUUCGUUUGACCGAAAGUGAUAAAUAUAUUUUUUUACGAAUUUUUGAAUUUCCGGGCGGUCAGCGCCGGCGCCAUAGCCGCUCAAAGUGCGAAAAUCGCUAAUAUUGACCGCGCUCUAGAAAACAAACACCUGGCUUAAAAAGACUGAUUUUCUUUUCCGUAUACAGAUACACCACUGUAGAUUUCCUAGCCGUAUCACAGUUCCGAAUUAUUUGUUUAUUUCCAACGGCAAUGAUUUUUUCCCCAGCACGUGUUUUCGGCUUUCCAUCAAAACACGAAAGUAGCUCAACUUUGAGGGUAAUUUUAAAAAGUGUGGCACCUGUCUGAACUUCGCUAUCUGUAUGAAUACAAUCUAGGAAUGAUAAUAAAACUCAACAAGGAAUAACAUUUUUGUGCUCUCCACGUUUUCAGAAUAGGCCGCCGUUUGAAUUUCCAGAAAUUUCGUAAACCAGACAAUUAACGAACACUCGCCUUGUCGAUCUGCUUGUCAAAGUCCAACUUCAUUUGAUGGCUUGAUGGGUCUUAUCCAAGUUCUUUCACAUUUUAAGGUUAUUUCUUAAUCAUCUGAAACUAUAUUGGCCGUUGAUUCCAUGUCCUUGGUCCGUUUUAAGAAGUUAUCUUGUUUAUAAAAUGGCAGUAUCCGCCAGCGUGACUGGUUCGUGACACCGUCCUGAAAGGUCUUUUGCUAAAAUUAGUUGGAUACAAUCUUGUUCAUUGAGAUUGCUCUUCAAGACAUCGCGGGGAAAUUUGUAGAGCAAAUAAAACACUUUUCUUUGCAAAUAAAACGCGAUGAGUCGCUAACAAGGCGAUUUAACCCAGUUCAGAUUAAAGUUGAAAUUUGCGUGACUUUUUGUAUUUCAUCCCCAGUCCUUCUCGACUGGACACAAAUCAAACAAGGGGUAACAUGGCUACUGAUACAGUGAAGUGUUCUUUCUCGGGCUUCGGAAAAUCUAGUUGUGGAGGUUUUCGAGGUUCGGAUACAGUAUGUAGGUUGCGAGAAUGCCAGGAAGAUAUAACGAUCCACUUGAAGACAUGCCAUCUUUCAAAACUAUCUGGAAUGAUGGAGUACGAACUGAUACUAGUCAGGGCGGGGCUAUUCGAUGUGCCAAAACACCGGCAAGAAGAAAUGUUCGUGUGUCCAAAACACAGACAUAAUUUGGGUCGCAACUGGCGUCCGUUGAGGACAUGUCGAUAUCCUCUUCAUUCAGGAGCAAGGAAAAAGCUAAAAAAUAAUCAUGUUAUCAACUUGGAGAUGUCCAAGAAUAUUCACGCAAUUUUUGGAAUCACAAUUCGCAUUGGGUCAGGUAAGCAUUCUACUACACAAUAUUUUACGUUUUCCCUUUUUUGAGGAGCAACGAUUGACACAGUUGGUUAUUGCGUAGCCCUUGAGUCUUCUGUGUGAGAGGUCUUGAGAUUGAUGUCCAUGGCCAGGUGUGAGAAAUUCUUUCCGUGUAGCUUCAAGUAGCUUAAAUACCCGUAAAACGGAGUACUGAUGAAGAGGGCGUUUAAAAAGGUUUGUCUUUCAGAUAAUGAUGAAAUGAUCAUUUCGAAGUACCGACGUAUGUGAGGCGCCUUUACUUUUUAACUUUCAAUAGAAUAAAAGAACUCUUAAAACCAAGGUAAAUGUCAUGGUCAAGUAUUCCGAAUUGUGUAACAAACUUUAAAUCUAAUUAUAAAUAAAGACCAAAAGAGAAGGUCGAGGGAAUAACCAUUCAACGUUGUUGUAAAACCUUGAAAGGGAAUCGUUCCAUAAGGUGUUUAUUUUUCCGGCUAUUUAUAUCAUAACCAGUUAUAUUUUUUUGGCAACAGUGCCACGAUGUAAGUGUAGAAAUCUUGGAUUGAGUAAAUAACAAGUAUGAAAUGAACAUUCUUGUUUUACAUUGUUUGGUCAAGCGCGUUAGUAUAAUUAGGACAAGUAUAUUUGUUACAACACAGACGUUCAAAAAUACAAAAGUAUUCCUGGAUUUUUGCGAGAUUUAAAAGGUGCUUAGAAUGUCUUUACAGGACUGUCUAUUUUUUACGUUGAUUCAUAGCGUUCUAUUUUUUCAAAGUAAGAGAUAAUUUCGGUAAAGUAGCCUACAUGCAAGUGACCCACGAAAUUAUGCGAAACACUUGGCAAUGUUCCCCUUCUUUAAAAACCCUAUUUUGUGAGUAUCGGGGAUUUUGUAUUUGAAACGUUUUUUAACCCUGCUAUAUGCUAUAUCCUGAAAACUAUUUUUCCGACACCUCAAGACCUAACUGCGAGAUUAAAAACUGUUUUGAGUUUAUUUUGCCAGUUGUCAAAUAUCAAUUCAGUGUUGGUUCUAAAAGUAAGUUUUACGCUACGAAUCGACUUUGACUAAAAGUUAAAUUCAUCAUUGUGAUACUUUUUAAUGCACAGCAAUUUGCACUACUUGUGUCAAGAAGCAAAGACAAAAAUAUGAGGAAAAUAAACGUUGGCUGGGGGAAAACACUGAGAGUGAGAAAUUAGGGGAAUAUGAAGAGACAAGGUGUGUUUAAGGUGACUCGACCCAGUUUUUUUUUUUUUUUUGGGGGGGUGCCAUCCUACUUUGAAGCUCUCUGGUAUCCCCACCUUUACUUUUAUCGUAAGUCUAACACAUAGAAUGUAUAACGUAUAGAUCAAUCUACAAUAUAACAUAAAAAAUUUUGGCGAUCGGAGUAAAUGUCAUGUGGUUAUAAUGCCACGCCCCUUUGAGGUCUGAGUCAAAAAUCUGCUGUUGCCGGUAUUUUUUCGUGAAAAUUUCUCGGCUACACAUAGUGCGCAUUAGUGCCUUGCCCAACCAAAAUCGCAAAGACCCAAUUCGAGAAAUUCAGCGGUUUCCAAAUUUAGGUGAUAAUUUAUGCGAGAAUGAUAAGCAAACUUUACACGAUUAUAUCUAAUAAACUAUGAGAUUCAUCCCUUUAUUUUGGGCAUCGUUAUAACAGAUGGGUCCUUGCAAGUCAGCAAAGAGCUUUAGGGCCUUGUAAAUGCGCGCGAUUUCGAGCAAAGCAAACAUAUAGAAAUUAUAGUUUUCGCUAUUUGUUGACGUUUGUCAGCGUUUAAGAGCCUUCUCACGAAAACAGCAUUUUCUUAAAAAUUCGUAGUUUUUUUUCCUUCAAAUUUUUUCAGAGCCACAAUUGAUUAACUAACUACCCGGACUCUGACUUUCAUGGUCAUUGAAAUUUGAAAAACUGUGACAUUAUCUUCUCUAAGCCCAGACUUGAGUAAACAAGAUCAGAAAGGACUGGGCAACAAAAUUUACAUCAGUGGAUGUGGCUGUGAAAAAAUCUACACCAUUUAUGUUGGCGUCCGAAUCAUCAACUGACGUAGAAACCCUGCAGAUGGGAUGGGCACUAAGCAAGGCCCACGCAGGUUCCAUCCGGUUUUCUCGUGAGGUUAAAGAAUAUCUUACAGCCAAGUUUGAAAUUGGUGAGCGGACUGGCCGCAAGGCGGACCCUGUUCAGGUUGAAAAGGAUAUGAGAACAGCACGGAAUGUGAAUGCCAGGGUCCAGUUGAAUGAAUUUCCGCGCAGCGUGGGGUCCUGGGAAGGACGUGGAAACUGUAGUAGCGUGGCCAUGGUUUCUCAAUUCUCUUAGCUGAAAUGUGUUGAACCAUUUUUGUCAGUGCGUUUAUGUUAAGCUGAAGAAGAAAAUGUAUCGAAGUAUGGCGAUUCAAUGUUAAUUACAUCGAACUUUACAGAAAAUGUUAGGAAACAACCGUGUCACGCUCGCAACUGAUGACGAUCUCUAUUACUUUUAUACAAACUAGAUAAAAGAUGCCGUUGAAGGACAGGUUUUAAACAAAAAAUUCUAUGUUUUUAGAGUUAAAGCGGCUACUUCAGGAGCAAAAAUAUCCUCUACAAAAACCAAGAGGGACAAUACAACCUAAGAAGUUAAUAAACAAGUGAACGAGCUAGUAUUUGUUCAGGUCAUCACCCAAUGCAGGAGAACUGGGGAUGAAAUACAAAGUCACGCAUUUUUCAAGUUUGUCAGAAGACUUGGUUAAAACGCUUUGUCAGCGACUCAUCGCGUCGUAUUUGCAAAGGAACGUGUUUUAUUUGCCCUACAAAUUUCACUGCGAUGUCUUGAAGAGUAUAAUCUCAAUGAACAAGAUUGCACCCAACUAAUUUUAGCAAAAGACCUUUCAGGACGGUGUCACGAACCAGUCACGCUCGCGGAUGGCUGCCAUUUUAUAAACCAGAUAACUUCUUUAAACGGACAAAGGACAUGGAAUCAACGGCCAAUAUAGUUUCAGAUGAUUGAGAAAUAACCUUAAAAUGUGAAAGAACUUGGAUAAGAUAUAUCACACCAUCAAAUGAAGUUCGACCUUGACAAACAGAUCGACAAGGCGAGUGUUCGUUAAUUAUCAAGUUUACGAAAUUUGUGGAAAUUCAAACGGCGGUCUCUUCUGAAAACGUGGAGAGCACAAAAAUGUUAUUCCUUUUUGUGUUUUUCUAUCAUUCCUAGAUUGUAUUCAUACAGGUAGCGAAGUUCAGACAGGUGCCACACUUUUUAAAAUUACCCUCAAAGUUGAGCUACUUUCGUGUUUUGAUGGAAAGCCGAAAACACGUGCUGGGGAAAAAAUCAUUGCCGUUGAAAUAAACAAAUACUUCGAAACUGUGAUAUGGCUAGGAAAUCUACAGUGGUGUAUCUGUAUACGGAAAAGAAAAUCAUGCUUUUUGAGCGAGUUGUUCGUUUUCUAGAGCGCGGUCAAUAUUAGCGAUUUUUGCAGUUUGAAAGGCUAUGACGCCAGCGCUAAUCGUCCGGAAAUUCAAAAAUUCGUAAAAAAAUAUAUUUAUCACUUUCGGUCGAACGAAAUGUAUUUUUGUAACUACUAAGGUGAAGGCUUUAAUAUCCCAGAACAUAAGGGAAAUUAAUUUUUUGAUCCGAAAUCACUGGUCGGUUUUUACGGAGACACGCUCUUAAAAGUCCACGCGUGCUUCGAUGGUCCUGAGUAUUGAAUGAAUGCAAUUUGUCUUGAAAAAUUGUGAAAUACUGCAUUUUGUACGAGGUCUGUAUAAUAAGCGCCUCAUAGUACUCUUUCUUCUCAGAUGUCGUGUAUAACAAAAAUAAAAGAAUGGUUUGCACGCACCCAGAUUUAUUGGCAAGAAUUUGUAAAUGAAAAAAAUUCGGCCUGAUUUGUUUUCCAAGAAAUUGUUUUCCACGCCUUAUCUACUGUGCUGAAGAGCCAUUAUUGCUCUUAAAUGUGACCGAAGACUAAUUUUUGGGUGUACAUAUAAGGCUAUAUCAACUCGAUACAAGAUUUGUUUUACUCCAAAAUCACUUACCUUUUCCCUCAAAAUGUGCCCUUAAGUUAACUGAUUUGUGGAAUACAAAAUUAUUGUUUGACUUAAGUUAUAAAUUUAUCAAUGUGAGCUUCGCUUUUAGCUGUAGAAACAGGAAUUGGGAUAGCCCAGACUUAAUGCAAUUUUGAUUUGAUUUGAUUUUCUUCUUCUUUUUUUUCUUGAAUAAUUCAAUUCAAAAACACAUAUAAAGUUUCCUUUAUUAUUGUUAUGUCGCAGUAUGAAACUUUGGAAUGCUGUCCAGAUUAUGAGUAGUAUAGGGCGCAUAGCGUAACCUACACCACUUGAGAAGCUAUACUUAGAAGUAAAAAAAGGUCGAUACGAAACCUAAUACAAUCAUAAAAUACAUAGUGAUAUGAAUCUCUCUACUUAAAAAGCCAAUUUAGAAUAUUAUUAAAUUCUGAUACUCUGUAAAACCUUCGCUAUCUACUAAAAGCUAAAAAAUCAUAAAAGCCAAUUUAUAAAUUCUGAUAAAAACCUUCGCUAUCACUAAAAACAUAUUUAAUGUUCUAAAAAAAUGUUCUAAAAAUAAAAAAACGUCAGCAAGCUUGUGUUUCUAGAUUUCUAGAGAAGAAACAAAAACCUAAAAACUGAAGUCCAUAGCCCCCUAACUAAGUAUUUAUCUUAAAUGUUCUGACAAUGUUUAAAGUGUUUGAGAUGACCGACUUCUGCAUCCGCUCAAGUACGCUCCGUGAUCUUUCUAUUUUCUUUCAACCUUUCGAUUUCCGCUCUUGCGAUUGACAGUUGUUUUCUGAUUCGCCCCAUGUAAGGGAAUCCGGAUUCCGGAAUCCAGGAAUUUUUUGCUCGUGGAAUCCGGAAUCCUGGGCUUUGGAAUCCGGAAUCCAGCACUAAGAAUCCGGAAUCCUACUAAAGAUUGGAAUCCGGAAUCCAACUUACUAAAGAUCCACUCCCGAUUAAAAUGAGCUACUCGCUCGUAAGAAAAACCAUCCGUGGGGGAGAAAUGAAUGCGUGACAACAAACCCCGAAGGACGUCUGCGGGGAGGCUAGUCUAUGGAAAGCCUGCUCCCGAGGGUAUAGACCUGAAAUCGGCAUAUCUGGUGUCAAAACAAUAGUUCACGAGCUCCAUAUGAAAGGUCGAGGUCACGGCCACAUGAUUAAAAUUCUAUAAUAGCGAGGGAAUCCUUGCUUAUAAGCGGCUGAGAGGAUCACAGAACACAAAUCACAAACUGUGGCAAUAACAAAAAAGUUUAAAGACUGUUAAGCUUAUUAUUCAAAGCUAUUACCAAGGGAGGAACUACGCGCUCCAGUCAAAAGACUCACACUAUCUUUAGAAAAACACUAAGCUGGAGUUUACUUAGUCACAAUUCAAUUCUCCAUAGUAAGUUUAUUUAGCUUCAGUUUAAGCUGCAGUUCACUCUUAUAAUUUUGGAUCUGUAAGUCACUAUCCGUGAUAAUUUAAUAUUCUGCAAAGAAAACUGACGAGCUGGGCGGUAGUUUCGAAAACGAAGCACUCGAAAACGAAGACCGAAGCACGAAGCACCCAAAUCUCGAAAACGAAGCACCCAAAACUCGAAAACGAAGCACCCUAUCUCGAAAACGAAGCACCCAAAACUCGAAAACGAAGACCCCUAAAUCUCGAAAACGAAGCACCCAAAACUCGAAAAGGAAGCACCCUAGAUCGAAAACGAAGCACCCAAAAACUCGAAACCGGGUCUGUCCUUUAUAAACACGAGACCAAUGCUAAUACAGCAGGAAUCAAGCACGAUAACGAAUCGAAUUCUCCUGUUCCCCACCAUAGAGCCUGGUCCCAGGCUAUUACCCUAGAACAAAUUCUGCCUGGAUCUGAUCUGAUCUGAUCACGCAGUGUCAUAGAUACCCAAUAUGUUAGACUGCAAAACGAUCGGUUUUUUUCUCAAAAUCAGUAAAGAAGUCGGUAAAGCGUGGAGUAAGGGUAAUAUGCGCGAGCCUCACACUCCGUUUUCAGCCUCGUUUCAGACCUUUUGUGUUACUGCUCACGCGUACUUGAAUACGCCAAAAUCUGCUGACGGACAGUUUUGAAGUCUACAUAAACAUGUAUGUGUACCGAAAAAAUGCAUGUUAAGGUAAGAUGUAUCAAGUAUAGCGAGGCUAAUAAUAAAAUUAAUACAGGAUAUCCUAUUUAGAAACGUUCAGUGAAACACUGAGUGAAACAGUUGGUUAGAAAACCUUGGGAUGGAUUUUGUGGAUCUUUGGAGGAGCGGACGCAUCCGCUGCCUCCACCUGAUUCGGAUUACGUCAUGUAAGACGUAAAGUUGCACUUAUUAAACCCACAGUGGUUUCGAGGUUUGGGGUCUUCGUUUUCGAGAUAGGGUGCUUCGUUUUCGAUCUAGGGGUCUUCGUUUUCGAGUUUUUAGUGCUUCGUUUUCGAGAUUUUGGGGUCUUCGUUUUCGAUCUAGGGUGCUUCGUUUUCGAGUUUUGGGUGCUUCGUUUUCGAGAUUUGGGUGCUUCGUGCUUCGGUCUUCGUUUUCGAGUGCUUCGUUUUCGAAACUACCCGAGCUGGGCCCAGCGUGAUACAGCAUUGCAGAUAGACAUUACACUCACGGACUAAAGAAAAUCGCUUAGUUAUUCAGAUCCAGAAAGCAUUUUGGAGAAAACUGGAACCCUUAUUCAGCCGUAAUAAAAAAGCUUUACGUUUCAAAAGAGGUCAAAGAAAAUGCGCUUGCAUCAGAGGGCAAAUCCUGCCGACCAGAAACAAUAACUACAGUCAACCGAUAUGUAUGUCAUGACCUCUCAGUGUGAAACAUGCGUCUAAAAUCACAUUUGCUCAGUAUAAAUGCAGAACCUUCCAGAGCAUAAUCUACCCAGCAGAUAAAAACAACUUUAUUGGAACAAGCAGCAUUUUCGCAUGAGGUAAAAGUCGUGUAGGCUUACCACCCCCUUUUAUUGCUAUCUUUGACUACGUUUUGAGCUGUUUUGUCUAUUAAGCCACUUUUUGAACUCGAUUUAAAUGGUUCAGCAACAACUCGGGCAUUACAACAACUAGACCAAGUAACUGAUAGUUUUGGGCUUGCAGACUGUCAAGAGUUACUGACUUUUUAUCUUUAUUUUGACCAGUCAAAAACGUCGAGACGUGACAGCGUAAAAAUUUAUUUAGUGGAUCAACGUGGUCCGGCCACUGUCCGAAAUUUAUUUUGAGCUAUGUUAUUAUUCUUAGACAAUUAUGUGACACAGUCAACUUAAGUCACUUUAGCGCCCCGCUGACCGGGACACCACUUUUGUCAGCUUGAAGUCCAACUUAAUCUUCUGUAGUGCUCUUUUUGAUUGUCAAUCUUUUACUGAGUAUAUAUGCUUAUCCCGUCCUAGGAGAAGUGUAUGUUUUUGUAUUUGGCUAAAAUUCGUGUCUUACGAGUCAUAUGAGAAAGUGUGAAAGCAAUUCAGUUGAGAAGUGAUAUCUAAUGCGCGUGUUCUAAAGCUUACUGUGUCUCUAACCUACUUUCUUUUUAGUUUUUUGCCCUAUGACAAUGAUUCCAAUAAAAAGUAGAAAAAGAACGAAAAACAAUGUCCUAAAACAUAAUAUUACUUCGAAAUACUGUUUUACACUGUAAUGUUCCACAAGAAUGUAGCAAUCAAAUGAAUAAACGUGAAUAUUUAGGAAUGAUUUGCAAGAGUUUUUUGUUUCUGCUAAUUAAGCAUUUUUCUAUCUGCGUAACUGAAAAUAGAGUAAGUAAAUAGAGUCUUGAGGUCAGUCUCACUCUCUACUAAUCACUAAACCAGCUCCGAGAUCCGAGAUCCCUGAUCAUGUGGAUAUUUGGACUAGAUUAAUCGAGGGACAAAAUUCAAAAUUGCGAUGUCGGUGUUUCGCCACGUUUUUUUGCGGUGAUGCGAUGUGGACAGUCUCCCAAUGUCCCCCUCAUUAUUAUACCUUAAACCCUUACGGAACAGUAAUACAUUUCUUCACGUAAUUUAUAAAUCGAAAAAGAAAACAAACUUGUUAUGCAUUCUAAACAACGUCUUUCAAUAUAACAAGAUUCGAACACGAAAAUGAAAUGCGAAGAAAAGCAUUAAAACAGAAAAAAUUUGGAAUCCAGCCCUUUUUGGAAUCCGGAAUCCACUGAGCUGGAAUCCGGAAUCCAGUACUCGGAAUCCGGAAUCCACAGGGUGGGAUCCAGAAUCCAAGACUGUCAUGGAUUCCCUUACAUGGGGCGAUCUGAUCUUCACCACCUCCUGGUCGUAAAUUCUUUUAAGCUUUUCCUUUCUGUCCUGCGGAUUGUCUCUCUUUAUUGGCCCUUGUUUUUUCCAUCCUUUUAUCAACAAAAACGCGCAAACCACCAAGUAAAGAGCGCAGUUAGCUAACCACAGAAAACCAAACGGGUUCUGCGUUGGUGUUACCUCGUAGCGCUCCAUUAAUAACUUAAUCGCUUGGUUGAUUUCUUCCAAGUCUUUUGUUGAUGGUGUUUCUUUUGUUCUGGUGUCAAUGUCACGUUGUGAAUAGUCUCCAGGGUGGGUGCUAAUUGUUUCCAUUAUCCUGUUUGCUGGCUCUAAAAAGCUGCACCUUUCUUGAUCACCAUUGUUAAGCUGUUGUUCUUGGGUCAAGGUUGUAUGCAAAUCCGGAUCUGAGAAAAGAUCACCAUUGUUACGCUGUUGACCUAUUAUUAUUAUUAUUAUUAUUAUUAUUAUUAUUAUUACCUUACCGAGAGCUUCCAGUCCUUGCUCGUAGACCAUUUUCAAAUAUUCUUUGGGUAAGCUGGUUUUUAAACUCCAGUGUGAACAGAGCCUCAAACUACACUCGAGCGAUAAAUAAACUAGACCACGGAAUUCUCUGCUGUCUUUUAGCAAUGUAAGGAAAAAGGAAACAACAUUGACCCGCAUAGCAAUUUUUUUUUGCUAAUUGGUCAUACCAUCAAACGGCUGAUGAAACAGGCCAUCGCCAUAAAAGAGGGGAGAUCACAUUACUUUUUUUUCAGUUUACAAACCUGUUUCAUGCUGAAUUUGAUAAUUAUUUUGACGAUAUUUCUAUUGCAAGUGGCCAAUUUGAAGUAUUAAAAAAAAACCUGAUAACUUUCUUAAAAACGUUUUAAGUCCGAAUAAUAUUUGCUUAACAUAUCUUUUCCAGCGAAGAGAACUGACAUGUUUUGUUGUGUUCAACCAUUGUUACUCCUUUUAGAUCCAAACAUUUGCAGUAAAGAUGAAAACAAAUGCGCGACGCCUCUUCAGGUUGCGGCAAGAUUUAACAGCCCCGCCACUGCUCGGCUAUUGUUAUUUCGAGGAGCUGACGUCGCCAAGAAGUCAACUUACGGUCAACAAGCUCUGCAUUAUGCCGCUAGAAGAGGAAACUUGGCCGUGGUCGAGGUAAUUAAGAUCAUGUUUAAUUGUUCUUAUUUCGAAAUAACCUGCGAACCACAUUCGACUGUGAUGGUUUAAGUGUUGAGAGAGAGUUUUUUAGAAAAGCAAACUCAGCCAUUUCAGCAGGCAAUCAAUAGAAUGCAAAGUUGAUCAAUGUAAGAUUCGAGACAAGUGUUUCCACCAGGGGAUGAUUCAUCAAUUAACGGCUUUCAUUUUAAGUUGUAGGUGUUUCAUUUGACUAUACUAAUGUCCUGUUUUAUUUCUUUAGUAUUUUGUUUUACUAAAAGGCUAUUUUAGAUUUAAAUAACGUGACCUUCUUAAGAGCAGCUCCGCGUAAUAAUCAGCUAGAGGUGAAAAAAAAACCUGGUCUCAAACUUAGCCAGCCAAUUUUUAGGUAAAUGAAAUCACGAGUGCUGACAACGCUAAGUAACUGCAACUGUUACACAAAAAACGGGCGAAAAAACGUGACCUCUGAUCCAGGCACAACCAAAUGCAAGUUAUGGUAGGCGCCAAACCUUAAGUUAUUCGCUAACUUCCCGAAACAAUAUUGGUCCGAAAUGUGUAUAGGUUUUCUAAACUACAGCUGAGUGUUAAAAAGUCCACAUCGUGGAAAAACUACAACAAAAGUCACAAGUACUAAAUUUGUUCUGUUUCCUGAAUUUUCUACAGGGUACGAUUUAUGCGAAUCAACGCAUUGUAAACAAUUUUUAAUCCGACGAUACGGUACCCAGCUGAGACUGUGUUAGUUUAAGAGUCCAUAAAACGUUUUAGAAGAUUCCUUGGAAAGACUUCAAGAAGGAAAUGAAUAAAGAAUUUGUACUUAUAACUGUUACGAUUUCACUUGCCGCCACGGCAAAACGAAAACAACUAUCAAACUGCCUCAGGCAAACCAGUUGCCAGUCACGUCAGUCUUCCCCGCGCACUUGGGAAGGAGGGGAGAUAUUCUUCCAUGCUGUGCGCUAAAGCAUUUGUGAAAUAAAAAUAGCUUAAGACUGUUUCAUUUCUAAUCAGUCAAAAAAGAAUAACUUUUCCGCCCUUUUUCCAUGAACUGGGAAUGAGUCUUUAAUUUUCCUGUAUUUUGUCACCUGAUACACGGGUUCGGAAGCAACUACAUGUGUAAUACUUCUAGCACGAGUGGCGCUGAGCACUUCUCUUUUUGAUACUUUAUACCUAGCCUUGCUGCUGCACUAGAGAACUACUAAAUGAGAGUCUAUACGACCGCAUUCAUUCGCUUGAGGUCAAAGGUGUCUUCUCCGCCCAUAUAAUCUUGGGCUUGAGCAGGCGUUUUUAGGGGGAUUCGUAAUUCCUCCCUCCCCACAAACGAAAAAUGUGAAUUUCUUUUUUCACCUUUGUUCUCAAAAACAUAAGCUUCAAUUUUUUUUAUUUGCCCUUCGCUUUAAAAACUAGUGUAAAUGACACAUAUCAUGGUGUCAGGUAAGCAGGCAUUUGUGGUCAUUCAUUCAUUCAUUCAUUCAUUCAUUUAUUUUGCCAUUAACAAGAAAUACAACAACAGCAUACAGAAGUACAUUAAAGAUAAUUAACAAUUAUUCUUUGAAUUCGAGGUGAAUAGUGGCAAAAUAUUUACCGAGCCGCGAAAGCGAGAUUGAGAAGAAUAAUUGUUUUAGUAUAUACACACGAAGUGAUCUCAACAAAAUCAGAAAGGAAACCAUUCAAAAGUAGGAUUUGACUGACAGAUCAAAUCAAGCGUAAGUUUAAAAAUAAGUCUUUGCAGAAUUUUCAAACAUGGCAAUUCACAAGUUUACUCAUUUCGCAAACAACAGCGUAAUGGCUUCAAUGGAAUCGCUAAAAGUUUGAACUGUUUCCUUACCUGAGAAAAAAAGUAGAGCUGUGUUGUUUUCUGUUGACUCGCCAAGUUUAUAGCCAAAAGGGCGUGUUGUGUCGCUCUUCGCAUGAAGUGCUGACAAAAAUGGCGGCUCGGUUGCUCGAGGUAAGAGGUCGUCUUCCUGUAUCAUUCUUUUUCCUGUUUACUUGAAAUGUAGAAUUUCUGCAAACAUUUCCUUUUAAAUUUGUUUGUCAUAAAUAAACUUCGAUUUUUGAGCCAAAAUUUUCUUCUUAGAAAACGCUGAGUUCACGAAACGGCUUCUUCUACGCGAAUACACGGGAGUUGUAAACAAUCCAUCGAGCACAAAACUCCUGCUAGAGUAAAUUGAAAAACGCCGUAUUGAAUCCUUCCAAGUCUUUUCUUGCCUUAAAAAAAGUCAGCCCUAGGAUUUUGUCGACUUUUAAAAGAUCGUUCUCUAAAAAAAACGGGAAAAACACCGAGCUCACACAUUAUCCACUCGCUAGGAGGUGAAUAUUGUUGAAUAGUCCGAGAUAGCGAACCAAUCAGAUUGCUUAAAUCACCAAGAUCACUGAGUGUGUAUAUACUAAUGUGCAAUAUUCCAACUAAAUUAUUUACAACAUCAAAUGUAGUAAAGGCAAGAAGCCUAUAUAGAAGCCGGGGGCUUAUAAACUAUAGGCUUCCUGGAACUAUAGGGUAAACUAUACAAGUUAAGGGUACUGAAUGAAAAUUUGGAUUAAUUAAAAAAAAAAAAAAAGAAAGAAGAGAAAACAAGACAAAAAGGAAAAUUAAAAGGUGUGUAGCUCAACAAAGAGUCAAUUUAACUAAGAAAGAAGGAAUUUUUUAAGUCUUUUGCCAAACAAACGGAUACUUUCACGGUUUUGAAUAUCCCGACUUAGCGAGUUGAAAAACGUGGGACCUUGAAACCGAAUUGAGAAUUUUCGAAAUUAGUUAGACAAUGAGGUAUAUAGAAAAGGCUGGAAUUUCUUGUAUUAUAAGAAUGUAUCUGGCUUGCAAGAGUAAACAUAUCACGAAAAUAAUUAGGAAGUAAGCCUCUUUUAAAUUGAUACAUAAAUUUACCUAUUUGGUAUAAAUAAAUGUCCGAGAAUUUUAAAAUCUCCUGCUCUUUAAAAAGAACACCGGUAUGAGCAUCAAAAGAAACUUUCGAUAUUAUUCUGAUUAUCUUCUUUUGCAGAAUAAUAAUCCGAUUUAAAUUAGACUGAUAUUUCGAUCCCCACACUGAAACACAGUAAGUUAAGUAAGGGUAAACUAGACUAUAGAACAAGGAGCGCAAGGAACUUUUGGGAAGGCAAAAACUAGACUUAUAAAUAACAACUAUUGAUUUUGAUAUUUUUCUAGAAACGCUAAGAACGUGAGGCUUCCAUGACAAUGCUCAUCGAGUAUAACACCUAAAAAUACUGUUUCUUUCACACGUUCAAUAACAUUGUUGUCAAUUUGAAUAGAUUUAUCAAGUGUUUGCCUCCUUUGGCGUAGUCUAAAAACCAUAAAAUUUGAUUUUUUAAAGUUAAUGGACAGUUUAUUUGCUCGACACCAUUGGGUUAAUUUAAGCAUUUCAGAAUUCAAGAUUUCAGGAAGCAAGUUAAAAUCUUUGUGGCAGAAGAAUAUGUUUGUGUUAUCAGUAAAAAGAAUAAAGUCCAGGACCUUUGGCACGUUACACAGAUCAUAUUUUAGAGUAGAAAGAGUAGGGGACCUAGUAUAGAGCCCUGACGCACCCGGCACUUUAUUUCGCAAGACUCUGAACUGAUGCCAUUAAAUUCCACAUAUUGUUGUCCAUUGCUUAGAUAGCUUUUGAACCAUCUAAGUGCAGUCGCUACGAACACAAUAAUGCUCUAAUUUUGAAAUUAAAAUGUUAUGAUCAACGGUGUCAAAGGCUUUAGACAAGUCUAUAAAAAUACCAACUGUGCAUUUUCAAUAGCGGAAGAGAUUUUGUCAUCUAAACAAGCAAGAGCAUAAGCAUACUGAUUGUCAGUCUGAACGUUUGUCUUUGAACGUGUGGUAAUGGAUCGAGGAAAUACGACUCCCCUGAAAAUGCCACCAGGGGAGGCUAAAUGCUUGGUUGCUUCUUAGGCCAAAUUUGCCCCAGGGAUCCGGCUUUCUUGCCAGUAGUACUUGGAUUUCUGAUCCCAAUCGUAAGUGGGAUUCCGGAUUCUUUUAGCUUAAUUCCGGAUUCCAAAGCCCUGGCCAGGGCUGUUCAAAAGUUUGAUAGCGCUGUCCACCCGAUGUAAGACACAUUUCGGCGGAUAACUAUUAGGGAAACUAGUUGCUGGAAAGCGUCAUCUGCGUUUUGAACAACUGGGGCCUCCAUUCCGGAUUCCACUAGCAAAUCCGGAUUACCUUUAUGGGGCGACCUAAUAAGCGGCAAUGGACAUAUUGGAAGAUCCCUGCAAUCUGAUUGGCUCUCCUGCUAGAAACAUGGUCAAUUUUGAAGAAGUUGUUAAAACCAAGGAACAAUUUCUUGCGCAACCCAUAUGGCACAAUUCACUAAUUAGGAUCGAAAACAAGCCCGUCUUCGAUAAAAAGCUCUUUUCCCUAGGAAUUUCAAAGGCAACGGAUUUUGUGAAAGAACAAUACAACUUCCUUUCCCACACAGAUUUUAUUGAAAAUUGUAAUUGCUAACUCCAACCUUUAAAAUAUUUUGGACUUGUAUCUGCCCUUAAACAAGUCAAAAAUAGUAGCAUCACACAAAACCCUACUCUUUCUAUACCACAAGAUUCACUUCUUACCUUAUUCCUUAAGAACGCGAAAGGAACUAAGGUCGUCUACAAAAAACUUGUCCGUAAAAAAACGUCCACCCCGGCGAGAGGUCAAGCGAAAUGGAACACUACGGUCUCUCAGGAGGGAUGUGUUGCUGAUCGGAAUGUAGCAUAUAUCUUGGCAUUCAAGUGUACUAAAAGCAUGACACUCGUUAAUUUUCAAUACCGAUUUCUGCACAGAAUACUUCCCACAAACUCGUUUCUGACAAAGAUUGGUAUCAAGCAAGACCCAAACUGCUCCUUUUGCUGUACCGCUAAGGACAAUCUCGCUCAUCUCUUCUGGCACUGUCAAACUUUUUGGGGAACUUUGACAAAAAGCUUGGUGAUUUCGACCUUAUACCCAGAGACUAAUCGAUGGAUAUCGCAGUUUUUUGAGGCCUAAAGUCCGAUACCUCUAAAUUUUCUCUUCAGAUAAACUUCUGCUUUCUUUUAGCCAGACACUGCAUCUGGGGUUGUAGAACCCGCAACAGGACCACUCAGCUCAAAAUGUUUUUGAAGACCCUUCAGUCCCAAUAUAAAAUUGAAUGCUACAAACAAGUAUCUACAAGCAAUCCUACAAACAAGAAAUGGGAUCCGUUGGUCCCACUCUUCAAUGGUAUUUGUUAGUUUAAUUGGCAGAUGUAUAUAUGUUCCCAAGUUACCAGCUCUAGAGACGGCUUUCUUGCAGUUGUGUACUGUUUACUAACAAACGAAGGCUUUUGCGAUCAAUUAACAGCUAUGAACUUUAAGAAUAUUUAUUUUAUGUAAAGUUUUCUUUUUUUCCCUUUUAUUUUUAUUAUUAUUUUAUUUACUUGGUAAUGUAAGUAGUGUAAUUAGUGUGAUUGUAAUUAGUGUCUACUACUGUUGUUAAUUGGCUAAUUGCAUUGUAUUGUUUGUGGAGUUAUUACUAAAGAUUCAGAAAAAAAUCUGAUUGGGUCUCAGCUUUGUGAUAUAUAUAGAACUCGAUUUUUGAAAACCGGAUUAGCAACUCAUUCUACUACUUGGCAAUUGAAAACAAUAAAAAAAAUCAUUCAAAGGCCGAUCAGAAGCCUUUAUCUGACGCCAGGCAGUAAGUUAGUGGUCCCUAGAAGCAUUUCAACAAGUCCAAAUUUAAAAUGACUCAAAUUUUAGAACAUUUAUUCAGUAAUCUGACUCUGCGAAGUUUCGAACCUGUGUCAUUUCAGUCUAGACUGAAUUUUUAAGUUCAGUGAACUGCAGCCCAAAAGUGCCUUGUAUAGGCUUACAUAUCAAGUUAAAUAGUUAGCAAGACACCACUUUUCGCGGUCCCAUAAACGACAGCAUUUCGCAAGGAAUAGACAACAAACUGAUUUAAACGUGGUACAGAAAUUAUCACCUUCUUAUCUACAAAAACCGGCCUAAAUGGUUCAAAGCCAAGAGCCCGCUGAAACUAGACCUAGAUCCAGUUUCCCUGAGUCGAUAAUUGGUUUUUCAAGGCACAAUCAGCUAAGCUUAACACCGACGAAACGUGGCUCACACAGAAUAUUUUGGUGCAACUGCUCAACAACCCGACCACAUACCUGUCAACACCGUGCGGAAAUCAUACAAUCACACACUUUCGCAAUUCGGGGCACUAAUACAACUAUCCACAACCACAGAUAAUCUUCACAUGUUUAACACAAGCGAAAUAUCAUCAAAUAGCUUGGAUUAUCAUCCUACUGGUAGAUAAACACCUCUUGACUUUUCUCUUACACUCGUCUUAUUCAAGUUCCUGAAUGUAAGGUCACACGGUUGGAAGACCAGAAUAGACCCUGUUUUCACACCAGAAGAAAAACUUAUUGGCCCGAGUUAAAGUUCACGUGCAAUUUUGCUCUCCCCUUAUUCCGUUUGACUCCUAAGAGCCUGUUCCCGAGGCAAGAGACUAAGUGGUUACCUCAGAAAAGCGAACAAUAUCGUACCUUUCUGUCUCAGCCUGGAUCCGCUGCACUCAGUCCAGGAGAUGCCGAGCAGUAAAACAUUAUAUAUAGAAACAGUAAACGGACAUACUUACGGACUUUCUAUUACUGUUUGAUGGGUCAAUUAAUAGUUGUGGGAUAACGGACUUCAAGGAGUCCUAACCCUAACCCUAACCCUUUCUUUAAUUUUAUUUGGGUCUUUAAUGGCCAGUUUACGGUCAUUUCAAAGUAAUUUGAAACUCCUUUUGGGCGCCAGAACGUGCUAAACUUGAGCAUUCUUUUAAAUGACGCGAAAAAAGUGCUAUGAUGUGUAACUGGUUGCGCAGUUUUUCAAACAUAGGUGAAUUUUUAUGGAGUACAAUUCUAAAGGACAAUAUUUAAGUUCAGAAAAAGUGAACAGGAAAUUGUUUCCUUUUGUCGGCCAUAAUGAAUUAAAUUAGGAAGUUUCACUUCUUAGUCUUGUAGAAGAGUGCGAUGCACCUACAAAGUUGUUUUGCUCAUUUUAACUAAUCCUGGUUCUCGGCCUCUCGCCGUUGCUUGUGCGGGUCUAUGGUCUCGUUUGCACUUACCCAUAGGGAGUUUACAGCUAUCAUUGUUUUCAUUCACAUACGUGCGACAGGAACAAAACGGAGGUCACAAGUCACAAAUGCAGGGUUAGAGUAGAGGUCACCUUGCUACAGAAAAGAAACACGCAUUAAAAGUGUCUCUUAGCCCAAAUCACGAUCGAAAAUAGAGUUCAAGGUUAAGGCAAACUUUAUCCGUCGUUUGAACAACCAGGGCCAGGUCGUUAUCAUUUUUGGUUCCUUACUUGCGUCAGUUCACGUUUAUUAGACUACCUUUGUAAUCACCAACCAAGAGUUGGCCCACGACAAAGCUUUGUGUUGUUGCAAACCGAAAUAUCGGACACAAAUGAUAUCAUAUAUUCUUUUUUGUAUUGGCCUCCUUUUCUGUCUUUGCCGAUCAGUUCCACUGUUAAUUGUUCGGUUUUGUCCUUUUUACUUAUCGAAAUCUUUUUUUGAGAUGCGGAUCCGGCCACUAGUAGCUACUAGUUCAUUGGCCUCAAGGGAGCUCAUUCUCUCUCGUUGGCCUUUAGUCGGGAUAUUGCUGAUGCAAAACAAGCAGCCAACGAACCACAGGAAACCGAAUGAUUAGAAAGACUCCCAACAAUUAUCUUGUUCCUUAAGGACAUCGAAAGGAUACCUAUGAUCAGGCACAAUGUUUCACAUUACAUGAAUAAAAUUACGCUUUGUUUUUUGUACUACAAGUGACACUCUAAAGGUGCGUUCCUUUGAGAUGAUCCAGAUCAGGAUCAGUGAUCUGAGAUCACUCGGAUCAUGGUAGAUCAAAUGAACCGAUGAAUCCACUCUGAACAAGGAUUCAUCGGAUCAUUUGAUCUACCAUGAUCCGAGUGAUCUCAGAUCAGUGAUCCUGAUCCGGAUCAUCUCAAAGGAACGCACCGUAAUAUAAUUCGAAAAUAUGUAAUUUGAUUUACUUCCGUGCGAAGGCAUAAGCCUUGACUGGCUCCGAACUCAGAGUAGAAUCUUUCUUGGCCUUUGAUGUCUUUCUGACAGCAUUCGGUAAUUCUAACACACCGAUUGCUAGCUAAAAUUGCACGUUCCGCGUGAACGGAAUCAUUAUAAACGGCAGAUAAAAUAAAAGAAGUGCACAGCGCCCGUCGAGCAAGAAGGGUGCAUCAGUUGGUAAAUUUCAGGCCAACAGUUUCGUUCUUGACGUUUUUAUGAAAACAGGGGAAAAACCAUUCUUUUCUUUUUUAAUGCUGUUGAGAAAAGAAGCAGUCCUAAGCUAUUUUUAUUUCAUAAAUGUUUUAGCACACAGCAUGGAAGAAUAUCGCACCUACUUUGCAGUUGAAAUUUUCUAACAGAGCGGAUGCAAAAUCUUGUGUAUUUGAAGUAAACCAAACGACUCACUCAGUGGAUAAUUACUUAUCAGGACGGAGCUUAGCGUUCUGCACACAGUCCAUGUGCAUUUUAAGGAAAUUAAACCGGUUUGAACAAAGAUGACUAGGUAAAGUUCAUUUUAAAUUCAAGUUACAUUAUCUUCGAUAACAACUGUGUGCGAGUACAAAAAACGUGCACGCAGUUGAACACAGAGUUUGGUACAGACGAUAAUACUGAGCAGUUUAAACUUCACACUUCAGAUACACACAAGAGGAAAAGAAUAAUAAUAAGACUAAAAUUGUAUAAAAAGGAUUCGAGUAUUGACAUUUUGACACAAUAUAACAUUUUCUUGAUUACAUACUUCUUGUUUCUUCUUUUGGCUUCGUGGCUUUUUUAAAUUAUUACGACCAGCUCUUCUCACAGUUUUGUUUUUUGAAACAUAUAUCCCUUUAGCUUACCCGUAAGGUUUCAGCUUUUAAAUCUUGCAGUUUUUUGCUGAUUUCUAUCGUUUUGCAGCGAUUCAGCCGCGACUAACCAGUGUUUGUUUGUGUUUUUGCCAAAACGUUCCCCGCUUUAGCCUCGCAAUCAUGCUGUGAAGUCUCUCGUCCCAGGGCCGUCAGGGAAUACGAAUAUCGUCUACUGGCAUUUGACUGUGCCUGGGUGAGAGGUCACGUUGUGCGCCCGUUUUUUGCGUAACAUUUGCACUUACUUCGCGUUCGUUAUUUCACUUACCCAAAAAUUUUAUUUCGCUUAUUUGAAGAAAACAGGAUGCUCUUUCAGGCUAAAGAAGUCUAGGUGGUGAAGGCCAUGUACCAAAACGCUUUUUUAGCUCGUGAAAAAGUGCUAAAUUUUGACCGUUGAUAAAGCGAUUUUGAGUCAACAAUUUUGAAAAUUUCUUAAAAUAUCUCUUGUUGACCAAAUCGCGAACUAAUAAGUUAAAAUUAUUGAGGUAAGACAUUAAAUUGUAGAGUCGGAAAGGCAGUAGAAUAUGAAGUUUCAAAUCUAGCCCACUAUAUUUUAAAAUAUACAGGCCACUGAAUAUGACUCUAGUUUCGCAUGAUUUUUGCCUUACUCAUUCGAUCGUACUUAAGCCAUGGAUUUUGUAACUAGAGCCCAGAGGGCUUUAUUCUGGCUGAGUUUGAGGCCAGGUCAUUUUUUGACUAUUUCCACGUCUACGCGGGGCUGCUGUUAAUACGGACACCCCAUUAAUACGGAAAAUGUUUGUGAUCCCUUUAGUGAGUUUCUGUAUUUACGGGAUUCUACCGAAUUUAUGUUCAAGGUGUUGUUGAGAGAGGGGAUGGCAGAUGCUAAUGCAACUGAUAAUGAAAAUUCUACUCCACUUCACGCAGCAUCGCAAGAGGGAAAAUUGAAUGUAGUAGAGAUUUUGGUAGGUUUGAAAAAGAAUUUAAAAAAAUGCAGCUUUCGAAAACAUUAUUUGACACCCUAAAGUCCCGGGAGUGUUCUCUGAAAUUGCCUAUAGGAGAAUAAUUAUGGAUUAUGUACCAAGGCCAGUCAAAACGUAGGGGUCCUAAUGCGGUUACGUGGUAAUGCGAAACUAUCAAUAUAUGGGUCGUCAAUUCUACCCCGUCCAACAUUCUGUUGCUUAGUCUGGCACGUUUGUAACAUGAUCAUCUCAUCGAAGAAAGUUUGACGGGAUAUGAUCCUGACCCUAUAUUUCCGACCAAAAAGUUUGUAAUUUUUCACACUCGUUUUCAGACCAAGCCUCUAAAAUCCAUACCCGUUUUAACACCUGUCCUCAAGCAAAUUAUGCCAUCAUUACUUAGAUUAGAACGCCAACAAAAAAAGAUUUCUUAAAAUUCACUUUGAAUUCGCAUAUUCUCUUUCUUUCUUAUUCAUUUAAAAUUAAAACGAUAAAUACGUUCAUACAUUCCUGUAGUUCCUCGAAAACUAUACCCGAUUCCAGACCAAAAUGGGCCGAAACGGCGCAAAAACCAUAUCCUUUGGGGCGGCACAUACCUAUAUGGCUAAUGUAAGGGACUACCCCCACGGGCGUCUGCGUCUUAUCAGAACGGCUGCUAGGCCAUGCCCGGCUGAUGCUGGUGAUGAUGUCCAAAGUAAAGCGUGGUUUCGUGCGUAUUCACAUCUCUAAAUUAUUCAAUGCAAAGAGCAAAGAGUAUAACUAAGGAACAAUGAUUUCGAACUACUAAGUUCGAAACAGUUCGUUAUGGUAGACACUCUAUAAACUACUUGGGACCUCUCAUCAAAUGAGAGGCCUUAAGCAAGCGAGUAUAAAUUCCUACUUUUUUACACGUUUCUGCGAACUGAAAAAGCUAGUCACCCGCUUUUGUGCCUUGGUUGUUUGGCUUCUUGAGAGUCUUGCUCGCUUCGAAGGUCUGUUGUCACUGGUGAGGGUACUCGCCCCAAUAAUGGUAGCCUGCGAGCAAGCUCUCCUAUUUGGGCAAGUGAAGCGAGCCUCGCGAGAACGCACGAGUGAGGGGCCGAGGAAAGGAGAGCUUGCAACGAUCUCUCAUAAAUUUUCAUUUCCACCCCGGAAACCCCGGGACUUCGCAAAGCGUGAAAACUGUCACCGCAAACGUGCCGCAGAUUAGAAAAGUGACAACCGCCUGUCCUUUAAGUUUAGACAGCUGAGGGCGCGUAGAAUUAUUUAUUUAUAAAUCGCUUUCGCAACAGCAUCAAAGCAAUGUUUUUAAUCGCUGAUAUGUUCUUUUUUCCACGGGGACAUCGAACUUGAACGUGUCCGCUCGGAUAAGAACUCACUCCUUUGAUUCUCGUUUCGUUUACUUUUAAAAAGUCGUCCAUACUGCAGUGUAGAAGACUACCCCCCAUCGCAAUAGCCAACAAAAACUUCAUAUAUAAUAGCGUUUUCCUGCACUUGGUUCUCUUAAGUUUUACUCCAGUCUCUUCCAACUCUUUCUCUUUUUCUUCUUUACGGUCAAGCUACACGGCUACGCUGUCAAGUACAUGUUUCUGAAUUUUUCUACCUAGUAGAAUUCAAUCGGGCGAAGAAACCGAGGAUGUUGGAAGACAGCGCUUGAAUCACUCUUCACUUUCAUAGGGGCACCCAACGGCAACUUUUCGGAAAAUAUCUGUUCGGGAGACGAUUUGAGAUCUAGAAUUUUCGGAACAUUUGUUGUAAAUCCUAGGAUUUUCGAACAUCUCCAAAAUGAUAUAAUUACCCAUUUUUAACGGAUUUUUACCCUAUAAAAGGCCACCUAGAAUUUUCGGGAACCUUUUCCUGGCUGAAAUUUUCGAAAAGGUAAGUCUUGAUCCCUAUAAUUUUCGGAUCACUAGACUUUCAGCUAGGAAAUCCGAACAUGAAAAGUUUUUAGGGGAUACAAAUAUGCCUAUAUCUACCUUUUAAAUACUAAAAUAUGUUUAACAAUGUUAUGUUAAGUGGUUUUGAACUAUAUCCUUGUUGGGUGUCCCGACUUUCACUCUCCCAGUUUUCAGAACUAAACAAGGCGCUUGACACAAACGAAUACAACUGAUGAAGGGUUUUCAUUUUCCUUCCACAAGAACUACAAACUCGGUCCGACUUGUCCUCGGCUCGCAAUGUUCUAUUUUCGAGAAUUACAUCAAACGAGCCCGUCUGCUUUGAGGGCUGAAACAAGUUUUCGGUACCAAUCUGAUCCCCCUGAGAACCAAAUUUGACACACAGACGAAGCGGGUGCCGGCUUGGCCUGUUAUCAAUCAACUUUGAUUUCCGGAACGUCAUUUUUGAGCCAAUGGUAUUUCCCUUCGUCUGGGCAAAGUACAAAUGAAAUUUUAUGAGAGAUCGUUGCAAGCUCUCCUUUCCCCUGCCCCUCUUUGCUUCGCCGCUUGCUCGCGCGUUCUCGCGAGACUCGUUUCACUCGCCCAAAUAGAAGAGCUUGCUCGCAGGCUACAAUAAUGGUGGCAAGCCUGUCCUAAUGCUUUCAUCAAAUGAGGACUCGUAACAAGGUGUCUUCGGUGUAAUGAACAGGUCCUCGUUCUCCGAUUCGACGGCCUCCUGGCUGGUAGGGGGAGUAAACAUUGGCUGGUGCGUGUCCUCAGUCUUUGGCGUAUUACCAUCGUCGUUUGAAACCGUUGGUCUGGUCAUGUUUUGGUUGCUACCUUCGACGAUAACCGGUAAAGGUGACUACACAUCUCGCACGGAACUCGCGUACUUGGGAUCUACUAAUACACGUUUGACGCAGAUUUCCUUCCUUUUUUCCAAGACCAUCCUGCAGGCGAAGGGUGCCUUGUUUUUCGUGAAAUGCCCUGAGUUUCUCACAGUCAAUCUCCAAAAGACUCGUGCGAGGUCUGUGCCUCUCUCUAAACGGAUACUGUUCUCGGCAUAUUGUUCUUUUCUUUUUCUAUUUCUAACAGCCACGGAUUACAGAAUGCUUUAGUUACUUUCUCUUGUUCAUUACUCUUUGCCUUUGCAUUUCGAGGCGUUCUACCCUAUCUUUCAAGGCCUGUUGUUCUCUGCAGGCGAUAAUCAGUCGAUCUGCUUGAGAUUUGCUGGUCACCCUAAAUUUGCUAGAUAUCAUCGACGUUCGGUGAUUCGACGAUCUCGGAUGGCUUUGUGCUGUGUUUGAGCUUCUCGCAGGAGCAUGCUGAGCUGUCUAUGUCGAAACCCACGCGGCACCGCCUUUUCGAGUUCAUAGCGAAGCUUGUCUGUGUGGUUGUUACCCUCAUCUUCAUCGGAGAUAUCGCUUUCGGUCUCACUCUCCCCUUCAUUCGUGAGUGAGAUUUCACCGCCUUCCGUGCUGCACUCGGGGGCGUGGUCGUCCAUUGGAAAAACGGACAAAAUUUGCCGAAUAUCUUCACUUUCUAAACCGUCCCCACACUCUCCUAAAGUCCUUCCAGUCUGUGCGGUAGUGGAGUUUGUAGCAACUAUCUUUUGAACCCAUACGAUGCAAUCCAUUGCGUUCUCUCGCAGCCACUGGUUGGCCCCCGGGUUAACUUGCAGCAAGCUUCUAAAGAAGCACUUGUGAAUCCUUCGAUUCAUCGCGUCAUUGUGUACCUCGCCAAAGUCCAUCUCCUGUUGACAUGUAAUGUACAUACUUGCACGGCAGCGGAACCCCUUCGCUUUCUUCCAUUUUACAUUGUGGGAUGUAAAACCGCUUGGACAAAUUAUCUUCCAGUCAUCUACGUCGAGCAGGUUGGUGUAGUGCCUCGUCGAGGAAGAUACCUUCUGUGGAGUUGUCAAUCAUCGACUCGUUAAAGCUCCUCUGUUUGGACACGCGAGCGAUUCGGCUUAACGGCACAAUCUGAAACACUGGGCUCAACAGCCUCGUUUUACCGCUGUCAGAAGCUCCGAUGGCACGUGGCACAGGUUGCUUAUGUUCGUUAUCUCUGAAUGGCGCGAGGAAAUCAGCGCAAAACUCUUGUAUUUGCUUUUCAGGUAGACUAGUUAGAAUGUGCUCGAAGUAUUUAGGACAGGGCUGUUAGAGGCUGUCAUAGUGGACUUACGCUCCUGGUGACCUGAUACCUCGCUAUAGAAAAUAGAAAAAAAGAGAAUUGUUAAAACAUAAAACAUGUAAUAAAUUGCUAAAAGAAGAAGUAGAAACCUUUGCCCGCCGACAAACGAAGAAAAGGCAAAGAAAAGAAAAUGGUCUGAUUGGUCUUAAAGGAUCUUGAAAAAAUGUAGAGUUCAAUGAAUAACUAGAAGUAGUUCUGGAUUAGGUAACUCGAAACUGAAUAGCGCUUGAUUUGGCAUAUUCCAAGGUUAAUUAUGUUGUAAAGUUAAAGAAAAAACCCCGUUUCUAUUGAAUAAAUAAAUUGUUACUUUAGCCGGCAGAUAAAUUGUGGAAAAGGAAAAUGUGAUAACGGAAUUAAAAUAACCUUUACGGAUGAAAACGUAUGCUCUCACCUCCGAUUCUGGAAUCACUCCUUGUACAGAGAAAGACCAAAACCAUCCAAUCUGCACUUCAACCAGGUUUCGAUCUAUGUUAAUUUGACCAAUCAGGGAACUUUCUGGCUCUCUCAGGAAGUGUUAGAACUCGUUGAAAAUGUUGGACAAGCCUGUCUUUGAAGCACUUGUUCCCCAUAAGAUUUAACAGAAAUGACUUCAUGGAGCAAAAGAACGUGAAAGUAAACUGUGAUUCCGCGACUUGGAUGUGAUUACAGAGAACUGUUAGUGGGCAAGACAGUGGCUUGUGUGGUGUACAUUGUAUUUCUACGCCCGGAGUGCUGCUUUCGUUUCCGUGGACAAACCAGCGCGGCGCAAUUCUCGGACAGAUGUAGUCAUCAUCGGUUUGAAUUCUUCCCUAAGCACUUGCACACGAACCACAUUCUCUGCUGACAACAUUUCUUGAGACUGUUCGUCAUCACUAAUAUCUAUUUCGUCUUGAAGGGUGCAAUCAAUAAAGAAUAAUAAUUAAAAAAACAGACAAGUUUACUAUCUCAGGAUAAAUUUUUGACAAGCGCAUCAAAGUUUGAAUUAAUGCUUUUUGUCGUGUUGAAAAUUCCAGAUGGUUUAAAUGGCACAUAAUUAGCCACUUGCACCCUUCCAUAUUGUUAAGUUUCAAAAUAACUUAUUUGAGUCAAGACAGUUAAUUAGAGAUAUUACUUGACUACGAUAAGAUGGCAACAAUAAAAAAGGGUGGACUCCCAGGUGUUGAUUUCUUUGGUUAACUAUAGCCUUUACCGUAACAGUUUUGCAUUUAGUAUACUAACCUGAGACAGUACUGAUAAGAAGCCUCCACAAAAUUCAUCAGACAAGGAUUCUUGUGAUCUUUUAAAACUUGGCAGAGUUGGUUGAGGUCGUGAGAAUGUUUUUCGUCGAUAGAACUCGAGGCCGCAUUUCCCAAGAGCACGCUGAAUUUUCAUCGGAUUCACAGCAGAACCAUUUUGAGUUUGGCAAGCCACCCAAUACGAAAUUGCUGGAAAAACUUGCUUUCCAGGCGUUGAAAUUUGC